AUGUUGCGACUCUCUCCUCUUCUUAAUAAACGCAUCGCGACAGCUCACGCCCUCCGCCUCGCCUCCUCCUUCCACACCACCGCCACCGUCAGCAUGGCCCUCACCGCAUCGCAGGUCGACAUUGUCAAGUCGACCGCCCCCGUCCUCAAGCAGCACGGCGACACCAUCACGCGCGUCUUCUACGCCAACAUGCUCGCCGCCCACCCGGAGCUCAAAAACUACUUCUCUCUUCGCAACCAGGCCACCGGCGCGCAGCAGGCCGCCCUCGCCGCCUCGGUGCUCGCCUACGCCAGCUUCAUCGACGACCUCCCGCGCCUGACGCACGCCGUCGAGCGCAUCGCGCAGAAGCACUCAUCCCUCUUCGUCCGCCCCGAGCAGUACGCCAUUGUCGGCGAGCACCUCGUCGGCGCGUUCGCGCAGGUCCUCGGCGACGCCCUCACGCCCGACGUCGCCGACGCCUGGACCGCCGCGUACGCGCAGCUCGCCUCCGUCUUCAUCGGCCGCGAGCGGCAGCUCUACGAGCAGCCGGGUCACUGGCAGGACUGGCGCGAGUUCGUCAUCACCAAAAAGGAGGACGUCUCCGAGGGCGUCGUCAGCUUCUACCUCGAGCCUGCAGACAGAGAACCGCUGCCGAGCUUCCUCCCCGGGCAGUACGUCAGCGUGCAGCUCCCGAUCGAGGAGCUCGGCGGGCUGCUCCAGAGCCGCCAGUACAGCCUCAGCGCGGCCCCCGGUGACCCCGUCACCAGCUACCGCGUCACGGUCAAGGCGGAGCCCGACGCCGCCGGCGUCGACCCCUCGGACGUGCAGAGCCUCGCGGCCGGCGCCAUUGCCGGCAUCGUCGGCAACCGCCUGCACGCGCGGUACCGGGUCGGCGACAAGGUGCAGCUGAGCUCCCCGCGCGGCGAGUUCGUCUUUGACACGGCCGCCAUGGCCGCCGACGCGCCCGUCGUCCUGCUCUCGGCGGGCGUCGGCGCCACGCCGCUCCUCUCCAUGCUCGACACCAUCCGAGGCAGCAAUGCGACGCAAUGCGGCGCGGCCCCGCGCGCCGUGACGUGGGCGCACGCCGCGCGCAACGCAAACGCCGUGUGCUACGGGCAGCACGUGCGGCAGGCCGCCGCCGACGCCAACGCCAACGUCACGGCCAGGGUCUUUCUCAGCAACGUUGCCGAGGAGGACAAGGUCGGUGAGGAUUACGACUACAAGGGCCGCUUCGACCUGGAGAAGCUCGUCGCCGACAAGGUCCUGCCGCUGGAGACGCCCGAGGCCGAGUAUUUCCUCUGCGGGCCCAAGGACUGGAUGGUGCAGGUCAGGGGUGACCUGAAGGCGAAUGGCGUGAGCCUCGACAAGAUUCACCUGGAACUGUUCGCCACGGGAGACGUUUAG